UUUCCUUGUUCAGUUCUGUGUUCACCGUGUUUAUAUCGUGUAGUUUCGUGUAACCAAAUUUUAUUGUUGUCAGUAUUUUAGUCUUCGGUGUGUUUACAAAGUUUCCAAGCAAUGAAUACGUGUUUUAAAUGUACAAGAUAAACUAAAAUCAACGGGUUGUGUUGUAUUUUGGUUAGUGAAGUGUGAUUUGGAGGUUAUUUUCGUGUUCAACAACAUUUUGGAUUGACCUGUUGCCUGUUUGUUUACUGCAUUACAAGGAGUUAGAAUGGAAUUUUAAGAGGAAAAUAAAAUAACAUGAUGUGGAACAUGGAUAGAACGUGACAAUAUAAAACUUUCUUGGUGUUUCCUGGCGUGGUGUGAGAAAUGGCAGCUGUUAUUAGUGGAGGAGGAGGUGGUGGAGGAGGCGGAGGAGGAGGGGGUUUAGGACUCAUGUCAUGUGUGAGAGAAUCGUCACCCACUGAUAUCCCCGAUGCUGAGGAAAUACACCAUCAUGAAACGAAAAAACGGCGUUUCCAUCCGCUGCGCGGUUUGCGACGCAUGUUCCGCCGCAAGUCGCGGCCGCAUGCGGCUGCAGCAGACGAAGCUGCGGCAGCGGGAACACCCGCCAGUGACGUCAUCACUGAACAGGAUGCCCGCUGUUUGGACGCCAGGAGUCGGUCGGCGGGCCAACUGCAGGGGGACAAAGCGAACCCACAUAAUAGGAAUAGCGCAAAUCUGCAGUCAGGACUGAGCGUAUCUCAUGACAGCAUCUUUUCACCAGAACAGCGGUCGGCGUCUCAGUCCGAAUCAGAACUCGAGAGUUCUUCUUCACUGUCGAUGCAGAGACUUUUGACCAACACCCAACCUGGAAUUAAUUGGUUGGUUGAAUUGAUUGAGGUGAAAAAUUUUCUUGAGGAUGUUGUGAUCAUGAAACUGUUGAGGAUAAGUUGGUCACCUGAGGAUCAUUCGAGAUCCUCAAAUGGAGAACAAAAUGGAGGCUGCUAUAAAUUUUGGGCGGAACUCCUGGAUGCACUACGACGAAGAGGGAUGAGAAAGGAACAGACUUCCGAGGAGGAGGAGGAGGAUCUGGGUUUACCAAGGAGUCCAUUUAGUGCCUCCUCCACAACCACAGACAUUCUAAUAGAGAAAGUACUCAAGGAGAACACAAAUAAAUCUUCUCAUAGCACUUGUAGCGAUGGAUCUCUCCUCAGUAUGGGCAGCUCAGAGAUGGACGAGGAUUCGUAUGGACCAAGUUCGAGGCAUUCAUCAAAACUUUCUCUCCAAGAGAAGAAAAGUCUAGUCAACAGUGAUACAUCUCCCUCUCAUGCAACCAGCACCCGAUUGGCUGGCGCCUCGGGCGGCCUGGACCUGGGUGGCAGUGUGGCUCCCCUGUCGCACAGCGCGGCGCGCCACAAAAUGGCCGUUCGUCCGAAGCGUACAUACGGCGCGCCACGUCGCUCGCGCAUGCGCCAAAUGGCCAACGCAGCCAGUCUACUUCCGGCCACACCGGAAGUCAACGAGGACGGAUCGGCGAGGAGUGUUAGUCCCGAGCCUGCUGAUAGAACCGAUGCUAAGGGAGCAGGAGGAGAUGGAGGAGACCCUCUUGAGUCUCCAACAAGAGGAGGAUCUGAUGAUGCAGCUUGCAUGAUGCAGCAGCCGACAUCAGCUGAUCAGCUGACUGGUGCACAGCUGACUAACGCACAGCUGAAGUCUGCCUCACUACCACUGGGCAUGGCACUGUCAGGCUGGAGCGAUCCUGCCUGCAAGCUGUCUCGCAGCAAAUCCAGCGCUACAGACAGGAAGCAGCCGCUCGACGCUGCGUCUGUUGUGGAAAGUGAGGAGGAGCUUCCCAAAAAGGAGGACACAUCGUUCUUUGGUCGGUUGUUGUCGAGACGCAGUGGCAAGAAGAAGAAGGCAAAUCUGGAGGAACCUGCAUUGGAGUUGCCACAGAAAUGUAUUGAACAACCGUUGGAGUUGCCGCAGAAACGUAUGGAUGACAAAGGUCGUUAUGCACAGGAACCUCCCAAACUCACCCGCAACCAUCCCGCUACCCGGCAACGCAUGGAGCCGAUCAGUAUCCCCUCUGAACCAUGCUCCAUCACCCGUAUGCAUGUCUCCUACUCAGCACCCACCUCCUCAGAACCACCAUCAUCGGAAACCCACCAGCAUCAACACAUCUUCAAACCCACCAACCGUGUUAUCCCUGAUGACAUUGACUUGGAACUCCAGAGGAGAUCACUGGUGAAAAAGUCUCACAGUUUCCGUUUGACCUCUGAUGCAGCUCCCAAAUCACUGGACCCCACAAUACUUGUUUCCCAGAAAUCUUCAAGUAGUGUGAUGCUUUCUUCAUCACCUCCGAUAGUGGAUGAUCUUCAACCUGACAACAACUCCUCAGAUGUUAAGGAUGUCCUCAACAAAAAUCUCGAUGACAAAAUUGGUGCCCUCAACAAAAAUCUUGUAGAAGGUGCCACUAAAGAUCCAUCACCACCCAUUUCUGAAACUAAAUCCGAAUCUUGCAGCUCUGUGUAUAUCAAAUCAGUUAUGCUCCCCUGUUGCCCUGAUGACACCAACAUCAUUGAGAGUGUCAGUGUGGAGAAGGAGACAAAGCUGACUCCAACCACCGCCUGGGAUGAUGAGAUAACAGUGAACAAUGAAAGCUUGCCAGUGCCUUUGUCACAUCAGAUCACAAUCCCAGUUAACGCGAGUGUGGUUAGUAUUGUGGAUACCGAUAAAACCACAGAGGAAACUGGGACAGAUUGUUUGGAAGAGGUGGAAAUGGACAUUGCUGAUCUCAGUGAUGAAGUGGAAGGUUCAGUUCCAACUAGUCCAGCAAAACCGGAACCCAGACAGAGGACACCGGAUGAUUUGACCUAUUUCCCUAUACCGGCACCACGUAUCUCCAAGCGUGAGUCGGCACCAGUGGAAAUCCCUGAAUUCAUGAAGGUCCAGCUGAAUCGUUUCGAUGGCAGGAAACUGUCCAACGUUAUCCUCUCAACUAGUCCCAACACUAUUUUCAAACAGGACCAUUGUCACCCCCCACCAGCCCCACAAAAAUGGAGGAUGUUGUACCUAAUGUCACAAGUGACCGCUAAAACUGAUCAAGUGACCACAAAACCUGAUCAAGUUGUCAUGGAAAAAAAAGUGAUAGACAAUUCUGUCACUGACAAGAAUGUAACAUUGGAUGGUAGUAAUGUGGUAUCCACUGAAGUAGUGGAGGACCCUGAAGAUCAGUGUGGAUCAAACCAUGAUGAUCCCAUGAACAGCCUUCAGGAGUCUGGUGAUAAAAACGUUGACGAGGUUGUAGUCGAAGUGAAUGUCUCACCAGCUAAAUCAGUUGAUAACACCCCAAAAGUUGUCGAACUGAAGCAAUGGAACUCCAACCCAACCCCCAUAGUUGCAGGUAUUCCACCACGCCCUGUACCCAAUCCCAGGUACUCCAUUGUGUCAAUUACAGCCAGUAAGGGUUCGGAACCUAGCAGUGAGCCACCAAAAAGUCAGACACAGAUUCUACGCAAAAAGUCAAUCAUCAAAGAUGCGCAAAGUGUGAUCUCAGAACAGAACCACAGGAAAACAGAUCUAGACAGAGAUGUGGUGAAUGAGAGGGAGGGUAAUAGUGAAGCUCCUGUUUCAAAGUUGCCUCCAAGGAAGAAGUCUUUCAAUUCUGAGGGGACAGAUAGUGAAGCUCUGGUUACAAAGUUGACACCAAGGAAAACUUCUUUCAAUUCUGAGGGAACAGAUAGUAGUUUAGGAGGAGUAUCUCAAGUGAAACAAGUUUUGGGGACGGAUUGUGAAUCUUCAAAGUUGACCUCAAGAAACAAGUCUGAGGGAACAGACAGUGAAGCUCCUGUCACAAAGUUGACACCUAGGAAGAAGUCGUUCAAUUCUGAGGGAACAGAUAAUAAUAUUUUAGGAGGAGUAUCUCAGAUGAAACAAACUCCACGCGUUUUUACCAAACAGAACAACAGAGUAGUUGAAAACCAGUGGAACAGGAAGUCAAGUUUUGAAGAGUUCAACGAUAGGAUUGUCGGGGAGCAAAAUGGAAAGAACAGAAGCAAGGAUGAUGAAGUUGUCAGGGAGAGGAAUUCGAUUGGAAGCUGUGAUGCAUUGGAAAGUAGUGAUGUUGUGAUGAGACGCAAACCGUUGUCAAGGGAAGUUACCCGGCAAAAUGAUGAUGAACCAGAACUGUUGAAGGUGUUCGCUAGAAGGUCGUUGAAGGUCAAGGACUGUGACCUUCCUAGUGACCUUGAGAUUGCUCCAGAACCUUCCACCAAGUCAAGAGACAGUGAUAAGGAGAAUGAGUGUGGGGAUUCCCCGCCAGAAGAGAGGAAAAAGAUUAAGGAGGCUUUUGUUGACACUAAAGACACACCCAAAGUUUCAAGUUCUGUGGUGAAACCAUCGAAGAAUAACAUCCUUGAAGAUAAGGAUACAUCUGAUGUGCUCCUGAAAGAAAACAACCAGACCUCCUACGACAAACGCCAAAGGAGUCGGACGUUCCCCGACAACCAGAAAAUCCUGGAGCCUCCCAAGCGUCCUGUGCCCCAGCGUGUCCUGCAGGAUGUUUUCAAGGAGAAGGACGUUGAGGUGAUCAGUUUGGAAGGUCCCAAAGGAUCUAAGAAUGCGGUGGAGGUCAGUGAGAAUAAUAACAACUCUGAAAACGAUGUUCCUCUUUUUAAGAGGAUUCAGCAGCGUAAGGAGGAGUGGGAGAAGAGGGCUCAGUUGGCGUCCGUGAAACGGAGUCAUCCAUGAUUUAGGAAUUUUGAAUUUGUCCUAGAAAUUGAAAUGUUUCUAGUGAGGGAACUAAUCCACUUUAGUUCUGUGAUGUUCACAAAAAUAUGUGCAUCUUGAAAGUAAGUAGCACUAAAUUGUGAUUCAAAUCAAUUUGCUUCAAACUGUUUUGAUUUUAUCAACCUUGCAAGAUAAGCUUCAAACUGUUAGCAAUGAUUGAAUGUUGGGAAGUCUUGAUGUUAUUUAUUAGGGAUUUCAACAGUUUAAAGUAAAUCUCACUAUAGUAUUCAGUAUCCCUUAUAAAAAAGACCAAUGCUUCCCAUUCGACCUAUUAUGACAGUCUUGAAUGAACCUUGCUGUAUAGUGAGAAACUACACGAUUAUAAUAAUGUCACUUCAUACAAGAUUAUGAAGUUGUAUAAAAAUG